GCCAGGUGACCGAAGACGCGCCGAGCGCCGGGUGUCGGCGCCGGGCCGGCGAUCAGAAAAAAAAACGUGUCGCCCUUUUAGACACUGGGGGCAGUGCACAGCCCCUUCUCCAGACUCCAGCCCAGUUUUCUGAUCUCCACGGCAGCCUUUGAGGCCGCCUUCAAAGAGCGUCAGGAUGUCGGAGGAAAAGAGUGAAAAACUCGUGAUGGAGGAAACUGCAUUUGAGGAAAUUGAAAGAGAUUUCCAGGAGGUUCUCAGUGAACUUUCAGGAGACAAAAGUCUGGAAAAAUUCAGGAUUGAAUAUGAGAAGCUUCAUACUGUCAUGAAAAAGUCUUAUGACAAUGAAAAGCGUCUAAUGGCCAAAUGCAGAGAGCUGAAUGCAGAGAUUGUGGUGAACUCUGCCAAGGUGGCCACUGCCCUGAAGCUUUCUCAGGAUGACCAGACCACCAUCGCGUCUCUCAAGAAGGAAAUUGAAAAGGCCUGGAAGAUGGUGGACUCUGCAUAUGAUAAAGAGCAAAAGGCCAAGGAGACGAUUCUUGCCCUGAAAGAGGAAAUAGUGAACCUGACCAAACUAGUUGAGCAGGGGUCUGGACUGUCAAUGGACCAGGACAGCAACAUCCGAGAUUUACUGAAGUUCAAAGAAGAGGUGUCAAAGGAGCGUGACCAGCUCCUGACAGAAGUGGUGAAAUUGCGCGAGAACCUUGCUCAGACCACUGAACAGCAGCAGGAGACCGAGCGAGCCAAGGAAGAUGCAGAACAGACCAUCAAUCAGUUCCAACAAGAAAUCCAGCAUCGACAGAACGAAGCGACCAGGGAGUCUCGGAAGAAGGAGAAGCUGGAGAAAGAGCUCAAGCAGAUCCAGGUGGACAUGGACAGCAGGCAGACGGAGAUCAAGGCGCUGCAGCAGUACAUGCAGAAGAGCAAGGAGGAGCUUCAGCGGCUGGAACAGCAGCUCAAGGAGCAGAAGAUAUUGAACGAGAGAGCGGCGAAGGAGCUGGAGCAGUUUCAGUUGCGGAAUUCGAAACUCCAGCAGGAGAACGAACAGCAUAGUUUGACUUGUGAGCAGCUGUCCCAGGAAAACCAGCAGAAGGCCCUGGAGCUCAAAGCCAAAGAGGAGGAAGUCCAUCAGAUGCGCCUUGACAUCGGGAAGCUUAACAAAAUCAGAGAACAGAUCCAUAAGAAACUGCACCUGAUCGAAGACCAAAAGGCAGAGGUGGAGCAGCAUAAGGAAACCCUGAAGAAUCAGAUCCUGGGGUUAGAGAGAGAGGUGGAGUCUUCAAAGAAGCAGGCAGAACUUGAUAAGAAGGCAAUGGAUGAGCUUCUGAGAGAGAGGGACAUACUAAAUAAGAAUAUGCUUAAGGCAGUCAGUGCAACCCAGAAGCAGGUGGACCUGGUGAAGCUCCACGAGCAAGCCAAGAGGAACCUAGAGGAGGAGAUUCAGAACUACAAGGAUGAGGCCCAGAAGCAGAGGAAGAUCAUCUUCCAACUGGAAAAGGAGCGGGAUCGGUAUAUCAAUGAGGCCAGUGACCUCACUCAGAAGGUCCUUGCAAACAUGGAAGACAUUAAAGUCCGUGAAAUACAGAUUUUUGACUACAGGAAGAAAAUUGCCGAAUCAGAGACCAAACUAAAACAGCAACAAAACCUGUAUGAAGCUGUGAGAUCAGACAGGAACCUGUACAGCAAAAACCUGGUGGAGGCUCAGGAUGAAAUAACAGAGAUGAAGAGAAAGUUAAAGAUCAUGACGCAUCAGGUGGACCAGCUGAAGGAAGAAAUCUCCACCAAGGAGGCUGCACUUGUGAAGCUGCAUCUGGAGCAGCAGCGCAUCGAGAAGGAGAAGGAAACACUGAAGGCCGAGCUACAGAAGCUGAGACAGCAAGCCCUGGAGACCAAACACUUCAUUGAAAAGCAGGAGGUGGAAGAGAGGAAACUCUUGCGCAUCAUCGCCGAGGCUGACGGGGAGAGAGUGAGGCAGAAGAAGGAAUUAGACCAGGUCAUCAGCGAGAGAGACAUCCUUGGGUCUCAACUUGUUCGGCGCAAUGAUGAGUUGGCCCUGUUAUAUGAGAAGAUCAAGAUCCAGCAGUCAGUGCUGAACAAAGGCGAGACCCAGUACAAUCAGAGGGUGGAGGACAUGCGCAUCCUCAAGCUGGAGAUCAAGAAGCUGCGCAGGGAGAAGGGGAUCCUCGCCAGGAGUGUGGCUAACGUGGAGGAGCUCAGGCAGGAGCUUUUCCACAUGCAAAGAGAAUUCUUGAAGGAGAGGACGAGAUGCCGAGCCCUGGAGGAGGAGCUGGAGAACCCCAUGAAUGUGCACAGAUGGAGGAAGCUGGAGGCCAGUGACCCCAGCACCUUUGAGCUGAUCCAGAAAAUCCACACCCUGCAGAAGCGCCUCAUCAGCAAGACAGAAGAGGUGGUGGAGAAGGAGCUUCUCCUUCAGGAAAAGGAGAAGCUGUAUGUGGAACUGAAGCACAUCUUGGCCCGGCAGCCUGGCCCGGAGGCUGCAGAGCAGCUGCAGAUCUACCGGCACACACUGCGGGAGCGGACCAAGCAGCUGAAAGUUCUGUCAUCAGAGUUGAAUAUGUACGAGUCCCAGAGCCAGGAGUACAAGUACGAGAUCGAGAGACUUGGCAACGAACUGGUGACUUUGAAGAAGAAAUACCUGGCUCAGAAACGCAAAGAACUCAUUCAGAAAAACAAGGACAGAAUGUCCAUGAACAACAUCUUCUCAGGGUCUAAGCCGUCUGGCCCUCGAUUUACUGGGGGUGGAUUUCCCCUCAACCAGCCAUCCAAGGUGAAGUUGUAACGGGAAGCUGCUGGCGGGGUCAAACCCAGCAGCUCAGGAACACUGUGGCAGCAUUGCCUGUAAAUCCCUCAGAUCCCAGAUACCUAGAAAAGCUGCUGCUCAGCUCUCCAGAACGGGACAGAAUGGACAACUAUCAAUGUCUUAUACAGAGGAGUGAUGAUGUCAUACCUGAAGCACACCGACAGUAAGAGACUGUAACUGAAGCUCUUUAAUUAGGCUGACCCUUGGCGGAAAGCUGAUCUUUCAUUGCAAUCCCACUGACUGACUUGAAAUGCAGGUUUAGAAACUUGGGGUGGAUGAAGCUUUGGGUAUUAGUUUCUCCAUUGUAGAUAUUUAAGCACUUGAAGAUUUUUGUAUAUAAAAAUAUUUUAUAUGUAAAAAAUGCAGUGCAUGCCCUCACAUCUUAUUAGUGAAAAUCUAUUUUAAUUAUUCCUCAUUAACAAGUCAUUGAAUGAGAUGAGAAAACAGGACACAUUACUGGGAUUUCAAAAGUAUGUAUUGAGAGUGAUUUCCAUGUGGGAUGUCAUUUCAGGCCUGGGGUAGGAAAAUCUAUUCUGAAGAGAAAUGCCAAUAAAUACUUCAUCAUA